AUGAAAUUGGGACCAAAAGAGCCAGGGAAAGCUCAGCUUUCUACUGAGCAACGAGCCGCUAUUGUUUAUGCCUAUAAGGUUAAACUAGCGGCCGAUUUUGGCUGUACCCGCAAAACUAUCUACAAUACGCUUAAACGCUAUUCAAUCAACGAGCAGCUCGAAAAUCGCUCGCCGGCAUCCGUUUUAGACGUAUAA